AUGCCACUAAAAGCACGAAAACUAUUGGAAGAAAUAGGUGAUGAACCCAUGCUGAAAAUCCAACUUGGUCGUAGACCUGUAAAAGAUCUUGCCAUUAAAAUACUUAACUUUUUAAGUUAUUCAAAAUUUGCUGAUAAACAAUAUGAACUUGGUUAUGAUGAAAUCUAUCACAAUUAUUUGCUCAUCACUGUUCAGAAUAAUCAUGGAUUCAAUGUAUUACAAAAUAUUGUUCGAAAUGCACCAGAAAACACAAAUGGUAAAACAGUUCUGGUACUUGAAAAAUCAUUCCGUAUUGGUCUCAGAGACCCAGUUAUACCUGAUGAAAUGAUAGAUCUAUACGAUAUUCCGCUACCACCAAAUAAAUCAUUAACACUGAAUCAAUUAAUUACCACAACAUUAUAUGCUGAAAAAGACUUCUUUGUAUAUGAUGCUGGUGAAAAUAAUAUGUGCCAAACGUUUGUCAAAAGUGUUCUUGAAAGCAAUGGUUUGAUGCCUAACAUUGUUGAUGAAGCAACAUUAGAAGCGCUCGAACCAAUCGAUUCUAAAACAUUGGUUGCUACACUAGACGAGCUGUCUGGUUUAGUUAAACUAACAACUGAUAUAGCUGCGAAAUUACACAGCCAACAACUCAACAUUGAAGUCCUUACUCCUAGUAUUGGUGCGGUAAUCCAUAACUUGGAUUUAUCACAAGCAAUAACUGAAGAUCAAAAAUAUGAAUUAGAAGAAGCACUCUACAAACAUCACGUGCUCUUUUUUCAUAAUCAAAAUUUAACAUCUGAACAACAACGUGAUUUUGCUCGUCUAUUUGGUGAUCCACAUGUACAUCCAGUUUUUUCGCAUACGCCAGAGUGUCCAGAAGUAAGUGUCUUGGAAUUUGGUGUAAAUGUUGAUCCGGAUAAAAAACCAGAUUCUGAUAUCUGGCAUACUGAUGUUACAUGGUCAACGAAUCCACCAAUAAUUGGUAUGCUUUAUGCAAAAAUUAUACCAAAACAAGGUGGUGGUGAUACACUAUGGGCAAAUAUGGUUGAAAUUUAUAAACAAGAAUUAUCAAAUGAAAUGAAAGGAAUUCUUAGUAAACUCACAGCUGAACAUUCAUUUGCAUACGCAGUUCAAUCUUUGAUUAAACUUGAUUCUACUGCUAUGGUGAAAUUCAUGAAAACUAAAGAAGCAAAUCCACCAGCUACUCAUCCGGUUAUUUGUCAACAUCCACAUACCAAAGAAAAAUAUCUAUAUGUUAAUAGAAUUUUUACCACGAAGAUCAAUGAAUUAAAUGAACAAGAAAGUAAUUUACUAUUACAAUAUUUAUUUUCAUUGGUUAACAAAAGACCAGAAUUUACAUGUCGAUGGAAAUGGAAUGAAAAUGAUGUUUGUUUAUGGGAUGAACGGUCAACACAACACUAUGCAACAGCUGAUUACUGGCCACAGCAUCGAAGAAUGCAUCGAUGUGUAAUAAUGGAAAAGAAAGAUAAAGUCUAG